AUGAUAACAUCUAGCAAUUUUUUGUAUCUCAACCUAAAAGUUGAGAAUCUACUGAAGCUGUGUAAAACCCUACGACAUCUGCAUCAGUUUCAUGCCCAAUUCACCACUUCCGGCCGAAUAUCCAAUGAUCUGAAUCAGAACUCUGUUUUCGCCAAUAUCCUCUUCGCUAUCACCUCUAUUGCACCGUCUCCGACAACCACAUCAGCGUUACCGAAUUCGGUUUCAACGUCGACUUCGAGUGUGGUCGUGAGUUAUGCGGCUUCAGUUUUCAGAUUCAUCACAAACCCAUCAACGUUUUGCUUCAAUACGAUCAUUCGGGUUUAUACGCUUCAUGCCCCGUCUCUGUCCCUCUCUCCCCACCGUCUCUUCGUCCAGAUGCGACGUCGUUCGGUUCCUCCCGAUUUCCACACUUUCCCUUUCGUAUUCAAGGCUUGCGCAAGGAAGAACGUGAGUCUUACACUAGUCGAGACGCUGCAUUGUCAAGCUCUGAGAUUCGGGUUGUUGGCUGACUUGUUCACUCUGAACACUCUGAUUCGGGUCUACUCAUUGAUCACCCCAAUUGAUAGUGCCUUGCAGCUGUUCGACGAAAAUUCCCAGAGAGAUGUUGUUACGUACAACGUCUUGAUCGACGGGUUAGUGAAAGCCCGUGAGGUUGUUCGUGCACGACAGCUGUUCGAUUCAAUGCCAUUUCGUGACUUGGUUUCCUGGAACAGUCUCAUUGCUGGGUAUGCGCAGACGAACUAUUGCAACGAAGCAAUCAGCCUCUUCAGCGAAAUGAUUGCUUCGGGUUUCAAACCGGAUAACGUCGCGAUUGUUUCAACUCUCUCAGCUUGUGCCCAAUCUGGGGAUUUAGAAAAAGGGAAAGCUAUUCAUGAUUACACGAAAAGGAAGAGACUUUUCAUAGAUUCGUUUUUAGCUACUGCUUUGGUGGAUUUUUAUGCGAAAUGUGGUUUCAUCGAUACAGCAAUGGAGAUCUUCAACUUAUGCUCAGAUAGAACUUUGUUCACAUGGAAUGCGAUGAUCACUGGUCUCGCCAUGCACGGGAACGGCGAGCUGACCGUUGAUUACUUCCGUAGGAUGGUUAGUUCUGGUAUCAAACCGGAUGGAGUAAGCUUCAUAAGUGUUUUAGUUGGUUGCAGCCAUUCCGGUCAAGUUGAUGAAGCCAAGAAGCUUUUCCACGAAAUGGGAUCUCUGUAUGAUGUUGAUAGAGAGAUGAAACAUUAUGGGUGUAUGGCGGAUUUGCUUGGAAGAGCAGGGUUGAUCGAAGAAGCAGCGGAAAUGAUUGAGAAAAUGCCUAAAGAGGGAGGAAACAGAGAGAAACUCUUAGCGUGGAGCGGUUUGCUGGGCGGGUGUAGGAUCCACGGGAACAUAGAGGUCGCAGAGAAAGCUGCAGAGAGAGUUAAGGCGUUGAGUCCAGAGGACGGAGGAGUGUAUAAAGUGAUGGUGGAAAUGUAUGCAAAUGCAGAGAGAUGGGAGGAUGCUGUUAAAGUUAGGGAAGUGAUGGAAAGUGACGAGAAAGUGAAGAAGAGUGCUGGAUUUAGUAAAGUUAUCAUGUCCUAA